AUGGCCAUUCUUAGAUCCAGUCUGUAUGACUUCUUCAUUGAGAAGUGUCCAGCUACAGAAAGGUUGGGUCAGUGUAAGUUCCUGCCAAGGUAUCCUUUUGCUAAGCCUAAAAUUCAGAGUGAUCAGUCUGAGUUUGCUGUUGGGACAUCUUGGGAAUAUGAAUGCCUUCCUGGGUUUAUCAAGAGUUCAUUCUUUACCACCUGCCUAGAGACUUCCGAGUGGUCAGAUGCUCAGCAGUUUUGUAAACGUAAAUCAUGUAUGAGUCCUAGAGAACUCCUCCAUGGCUCUGUCCACACACCCAUGGGUAUCGUGUUUGGGUCAACAAUUACAUAUUCUUGUGAUGAAGGAUAUCGACUCAUUGGUGACUCAUCUGCUACAUGUAUUAUCUCAGACAAUAUUGUAACCUGGGAUAGCGACAUGCCUUUUUGUGAAAUUAUUCCUUGUGAGUCACCCCCAGCCAUCUCCAAUGGGGACUUCUACAGCAGCAGUAGAGAGCACUUUUACUAUGGAAUGGUGGUGACUUAUGAGUGCCAUAUUGGACAGAAUGGGAAAAAGCUGUUUGACCUCGUGGGUGAGCCGUCAAUAUAUUGCACCAGCAAAGACAAUCGCAUUGGCAUCUGGAGCAGCCCUCCCCCUCAGUGUAUUACUGUAGUCAAAUGCCCAGUUCCAGAAGUUGAAAAUGGGAUCAUGGAAUCUGGAUUUAGACGUUCAUUUUCCUUAAAUGAUACUGUCAUGUUUAAGUGUAAGCCUGGCUUUACCAUGAAAGGCAGCAACAUAGCAUGGUGCCAGCCAAACAGCAAAUGGAAUCCUCCACUGCCAAAGUGCUUCAAGGGGUGUCUUCUACCUCCAGAUAUCGCCAAUGGUAGUUAUAGCAAAAUGGAUAAGGAAUUCUUUCAAAUUGGACAGAAAGUGUCCUACAGCUGUGAGCCUGGCUACACUCUCAUUGGAACUAACCCUGUGCAGUGUACAUCCUUGGGAACCUGGAGCCCUACAGCCCCCAGAUGUGAAGCGAAAUCAUGCGAUGCCAUUCCAAACCAACUUCUCAACGGCCGUGUGGUGGCUCCUCCUAGUCUCCGGCUUGGGGCAGAGGUUUCAUUUGUUUGUGAUAAGGGGUACCGGUUAAAUGGCAAAUCUUCUAGUCAGUGUGUCGUAGAAGGAAUGAAAGUACUCUGGAAUAAUAAGUUUCCUGUCUGUGAACGUGAGUAG